CCAGGCCUGGAGGCCUCUGGGGAAGGCUGGGGCUUCCUGCAGCUGGACUGAUUGGCUUCCAUGGCUGCAGGGAAGCUGGUCAGCUGCUCGGAGAGGCUGAUCCUACCCUCUGGAGUGCAGGGGUGUGAGGAGAAAAGGCUCAGGCUGACCAGGGGCAGGCAGAGGCAGGGAGAGGGGCCUGGUCAGUGGUCUAUGACAUCACCUUGCCUGCUGCUGCCUUCAGAAGAUUUCACAAUGCAAGGGAGGAGAUGAGGAUGAGCUCCUUCCUGCCCCAGAAAGCUCCCAGAAUACUCACCUGUUCUGGAUUCCCCCAAAGAGGAGGCUAGAGGGUGCCCGAGGAGAGAUCUCUGAUCCAGCUCCCUGACCCAGAGCCCAGUAAGGCCCAAGAAUCCUUCUCUUGCUGCUUCCCUUGGAAGCUCUUUAUAGCAUGGGGAAGUUUAUAUUUACAUCAAGUGAAAUGCAAGAUUUCGAAGAAAACAACGUAUAGAGAAAGUGUGCCAACUGAUAACCGGGGAGAAUGUGCAUCUCAUGUAUUGCCAAUGCUAAGAGAGGUUAUCAGGACAUCUUCCUCAAUGGGAAUCAGAAGCAGAAAUCUCACACUUUCCAGCAAGCCACCAGCUCUCACAUCAGGAGUGCAGCCAUGGAAGGACCUGCAUCCACGCGUUCUUCCAACCAGCCUGCUUGGAGCAAGCUCAAAAGAAACAUGAUGCUCCAGACCAUAGAGAAGAAAAGACAAGUCCAUUUAACCAAGGCCAAGAAAAGACAUCAUGAAAGAAUUGCACCUCCUACAAGGCUGACCAGUUGCAUUUUUAAAAGGCCAGUCACAAGCAUAACUUCUCAUCCUGGCAAUGAGGUCAGGUAUAAUCAAUGGGACAGGACCUUGGAGAAGCCCCAGCAAAUCUCUGCAUACAGCAGACUGCAGGGACUCCAAGCCCACAGCAGUGAAGGAGAACUUUUAAGUACUUUGGACUUCAUAAGUACCUCACAAGUCAUUGCACUAGGCAGUGCGGAUGGAGGGUCUCUACCUAGUGGCCCUGGGCCCAGCAUGGUACCAUUUUGGGCAGGGAUGGUCCCAGGAGCGGGUCUCCAUCUCCCACCACCCAUCUGCAGACAGCAAGUAACACCUGGAGAUAUCCGGAGGCAGACUUGGAAAGUGAAAAAAUCAAGAGAGAGACUGGCUAAGGCCUUGAGGGCAGACAGGCUUGCCAGGGAGGUGGAGAGAGCCAGAAGCGAAGAGAAACGUUCUGACAACUAGAGGAAACGUUGGAAAAGGUUGUGUGGGGGAAGGAUCCAGUAGGGUGCUUCACUGCGAGACAGCCCCCAGUUUCACUUCCCGUCACGAUGUCUAUCUUGUUUCUUGCUCUAUACCACUGUGCUGUGCUUUGUUACAUCAAAAUGGUACUUCAUUAAACUCUUGA